AUGAUCCGAGCCGUUCCGGCCAACGCCUUUGACAGCAUCUACUGCUCGGUCUUAGCGCAGAUGGCCGUGCAUGCGGCACUGGCUGGCUACACCGGCAUCAGUGUUGGAAAGGUGGACGAGAGGUACGUGAUGCUCCCAAUCCACUCCAUCGUUGACAAAGGAGCGCGUAAGGUGGAGUUGACGGGCCGCGUCUUCGAGCGUCUCAUGACCACCACCGGGCAACCCAACUUGGCGUGUCGGGAAGAGGACGUCCAAGUCAUGUUGACAGAGCUGGGCCCAUGGAGUCCAAGUGGGUAUCUGAACGCCAUGUUCUUCCGCACUUGCUGGGCGCUGCUGUUCUUCGAGCCCUGCUGGUCACAGCAGUGGAAGGACUGGCUGAAAGAGUUUGGUCAUGAUAGCUUCAGGUAUCCAGGGUGGAUCCGUGAACAGAUGCAGGGCUGCAGCUGUCAUUUGGCUGAUGAAGUUCAAGUCAUUUGCUUGGAAAGGCUCUCCGGAGAGCGCUUUCCACAGGCGACCCCGAAAGAACUGUCCUGGUGCUCUGCAAGGCAGUAUUUGCUGAGUCACAUGCCCAGCUUUGAUUUGCAGUUCCUUCCAGGCGCGGUGUCAGUGGAGGGCACCUCGAUGUUGGAUGAUAACCUGGCCUUUGCGCUGAUGGCUUGGAAUGCCUCCUCCCUUUGGCCCAGGCCGCCAAUGGAAGUGGUCUAUCCCUACUUCCUUCCCUAUGCCAGCUACCAUGAAGCGAGAACGAAUUGGCGACCGCCUUUCUUCGCCAAGUUCUUUCGAUUGGUUGAGGGGCUCAAGACCAGCCAAGAAGUAGUGGACGCCUUGAUCACUGAGAAUGUGAGACUCAUGAACUGGACCGCUUUCAGGUGGCCGGGCUACAGUGGCAAGUCCAUUGGGAGCUAUGAGUUGGGACCUUUUGCUUCGGGUUCCACUCCUCCUGUCGUUGCUCCCGCAGAUUUUCUCACCUAUGGCUACGGCAGUUGCACUGCCUGGGCCAAAUUCUUGGCCAACGCCUUGCGCUCCGUGGGCGUCCCCGCCAGGGAGGUGGGCUCACCCUGUUGGAACACGGGGAUCUUUGCAGGCCUAGCCACUCAGAACCCCAAUGUCUCACAGUGCUGGCACGGAGGGACGCGUGAAGUCUCUGGCGGCCAGUACUUGAACAACCACAACUGGGUGGAAUACUGGGACAACGUCCAGCAAACCUGGCGCUUCUUGGACGUAGCCACCAGCUCAUCGAGUGAGGAUACAUGGUUUUGCAAGAAGUACCAGCAAGGCUGCGACUGUAGCAGCAACGCUGGCAGUGCCAUGCAGGACCAUGACAUUCUGGCACCGACUUGGAGUGUUGGAUACCUGGUAUACCUAGACCCAGCCAUUGACAGUGCACCAGAGGUGGCCCCACAGCAGAAACACAUAGCAAUCCCAAGGGAUCCCGUUGUGUUUCCAGUGCCUUGCGCUUGGUUGAUGGCCUGAUCUGCCAAAACCAUUGGGCUAAGAGAGCUAUUGGGUGCAGCUCGUUGUAUCUGGUGAUGAAUCGAUCCAUGGAGGUCCCAUCGUGGAUGUUGGGAGCAGCCUUCGACUAAGCACUGGAGAGGCUGUCUCUCCACUGGUCUGGUCGCCACAUCUCACAUCGCCCCUGGGCUUACCCUUGAAAGAUGUGGGUUUGCGCG